AUUACGAAUUUCGGGUUUUGCUUAUUUGUGCUAAUCUGUUUGGUUCUUGGGAAAAAAAUGGGAGUGACAUUAUCUUCUAUUGCCAUUUUGUGCAUUAUUAGUUCUCGCUGCAACUUGUUUUUUAUAUCUUUUCUUUCUUCGAUAAUGAACUACUUAAUUAUGAUAAUUGCAUUUGUUUCCAUAUUCAUUACUUUAGUUUUAACUGCUUUUGUAGGUUUGAUUUGUUUUUGGAAAUUUUACCUGGAAAUUCAUGUGUUUGAUUUUGGAUAUUUAAUAGGUGGAGUUUUGGUUAGCAGAUUUGAAGUUGAUUCAUUUGACAUAAGCAUGGCUUCUGACAUUUCUCCAUCUGCUUCUGAUGAUGUGAAUGUAACAGUUGAGCCAACUAAAAGAAGUUGUCCUGGUAAGAAUAAAGGGAAAGUUCCCAAAAGAAUACACAAGGCUGAGCGAGAGAAACUGAAGCGUGAGCAAUUGAAUGACCUCUUUCUUGACCUAGCCGAUGCUCUUGAUUUGACUCAGCCAAAUAAUGGGAAGGCUUCUAUAUUGUGCGAAGCUGCUAGACUGUUGAAGGACUUGUUUGGACAGAUUGAGUGCCUCAAGAAGGAGAAUGAAUCUUUGUUAUCUGAAUCUCGCUAUGUAACCGUGGAAAAGAAUGAGCUGAGGGAAGAAAACCUGGCCCUGGAAACUCAGAUCGAGUCUCUGCAAGGUGAGCUGGAAGCAAAGGCAGUCCAAUCAAAACCUGACCUGAAUAUGCCUCCUCCUGAACUCCAUCAUCCUGAAUUGGCCCCACAUUUUACUGGGGAGUCUCUCGGCUUGCCUGUGGCAGAUGGUAUACCGCAGCAAGCGCCAGCUGUCUUUGUUGUUCCACUCCAUCCUAGUCUUCAAGCUUAUCCAAGGACUACCACAAAUGUGAGUAAACCACAUGCUAGAUACGCAACACCUGCAGAUUCAUGGCCAUCCCAACUUCUUGAGGAGCAGUUAACAAUCAGAAAGGAAGUUCAAUGACGAUAACUGUAACAGUUUGGAUUGAGGCUUCCCUAGUGUGUAAACAUUCUCAUGUCUAGUAAUUUAUAAUAGCCUUGUUCUUUAUUGAUUGGAAAUUACCAUUUUCUUAUAGAGUUUGUAUAUUUCAGAGUGGAUGUACUGGUAACACAGUUUAAAAUGGCUGGUAGAUUCUGAAAUUUGGCCGCGGGUCAUCCUAGGUGGUGGUGGGUGAUCAAUUUGAAAAGCUUUAGUUAGUUGGUAGGAUGUUGAUAGGUGAAACUUGGGCAAAAUUUUGGGACAAAUGUAGGAAGGAAAGUUGCUUUGAAUUGUAUGGUGAAAUGGUAGAAAAUGAAUAAUCCUGCACUUCAUGUUCA